GAGCCCGAUAAACCCCCUGCUGCUGGUCCUCCCUUCGACUGUGGAUUCGUAUGCCUUUGCGGUGUCUCCAGCAAGAGAUCCCGACCAACCCACUCGGUUUAGCAACAGUAUUCGUUUCACUCUAGCCUAUAUUUUAUGUAUUCUUUCUCCCCCUCUGCGCUGAUGGCGAGCAAGCGGGCGAACACUGUACAUCAAGGGUGCGCACGAGAAGACAAGCCAUAGACGGCGGGUGGAAGACACGAUGUGUUGAUGGGAUUGAACUGCAAGCGGCACUAUUUCUCUUGGAUGGUUGUCUUUUAGUCUCCAUUCGACGGAUUUUUGGAAGCUAAAACAAAUUCGUGCGCGUAUGCGACACCGUAUUCGUUCACCUUCGCUGUGUGGGUUGUGUGCUGCGUAUUCAGAUAUGAUGAGAGACUGAAGAACGUGCCUAUUUCUAACGGACGGUGGCGGCAUGAAUAAAUAUACACGUUCAUACAGCAGCAGCAUCCGCCUAACUUACAGGAUACAAGACCAGCUGCUUGGGUUUCUUCGGUUUUACACAUCAUUCUGUGGCCUGCAACGGAGACCGCUAUGAACGAACCUGUCGAUAAAGACGCUCCAAGCAUGCUUUUACCAUCCGGUGAUGUUUUUGUUCAAUAAUGGGCACGCCUUGGAAUAAUGAAGAUACGAUCAACUUUACUUUGGCUUUGUGAUGGGUGCAUUUUAGGAUCAAUAGGCUACGUAAAGUAACGAAACGUCUGUCAUUUUAGCGUAGAUUCCGCAUAUUCCGUUAUUUUACAUCCAUAGAUUUGAGUGCGGAUUACGGAAACACAAGUGGCAUUUAUUAGAAACCUGUAUUUUUCUUUGUGAAUGUGAGAUAUUGAAAAAUAUAACACUUAAAAUGCCUACGCUAUGACUGUCAUAACCUAUACCUGCUAAUGUAAGCCACACGUUAUUGAUCUCAUUGCCAAACGUGAUCGCAAAAUUUGAAAGGUAAACUUUACUUAUGCAGGUCCAAUCGAUUGCACGAUAAGGAGAGUCGUGGCGAUCAGUUUGUCACGGGGGUGUGUUUUUCAGCCCCUCAUAUCAACUUUUACACAUGAAACAAGACACAUAGGGAAACUAACCAGCAGAGAUAGUGUUAGAGUGGAGUGUUGUACAACCAUUAUAGACUACUGCUGAAUAAGUUAAGGCAAUCAUAAAGAAAAACAAUUUCAAUGGUUUUCCGAAAGUUGCCCGGUGUGUCAGCAUCGGGCAUGGGUCUUCGCCUAUCCCAGAAAUUCGUCUUUCUUCUUUUUCUCUCGGGCUUGGUAACUCUGUGUUUCGGGGCCUUAUUCUUCUUACCUGACUCUGUCCGUUUGAAACGUAUUUUUCUCUCAAAGACGGAGAGCCAACCAGUAACGGUAGGGUCUGAGAAUGAUGCGAGGGAGCAUCUUAAGAAGGGCGCAAAGGACCCAGAACAUCUCCGGGGCAUCACCUCGGCCAAAGGGGAGACCAGCACAAAACUCAAAGCCUUGAGCCGCAAGCCCUCUGUCACCAAUGAGGCUAAAACGGAUAAGAAAGUCGCUGGCGGGGAAGCGUUGGAGGACAUGACGCUGUCGAGGUCUAAAACGGACUCGGCUUCUAAGGAUGAGAAAGUGACCUCGUCUUCUAACCAGGGUGCCAACACGGAUACUUCUUUCGAUUACAACAAGUUUAAAAAAUGUCUGCUAAAGCCGCCCUUGGGGAUCGAACAUGGCAAGCCGAGCGACCCUCAGACCCUUCAGCGUCGGGAGAAAGUCAAGGAGAUGAUGAAGUUUGCCUGGGACAACUACAAGAGCUUCGCCUGGGGCAGGAACGAGCUACGGCCCCUGACCAGGAAUGGCCACAUUGGGAACAUGUUUGGUGGUUUGAGGGGAGCCUCCAUCGUGGAUUCUCUGGACACGCUGUAUAUAAUGGGAUUAAUGGACGAAUACAAUGACGCAAAGGAGUGGGUGGAGACCAGCCUGGACCUGAACUCGAACGGCGAGGCUUCUCUCUUCGAGGUGAAUAUCCGUUACGUCGGUGGGCUGCUCUCUGCGUACUACCUGACAGGAGAGGAGAUGUUCAAGCGGAAAGUGAUGGUGCUUGGGGAGAAGCUCCUACCGGCCUUCAACACACCAACCGGUAUCCCACGUGGAGUCAUCAACCUGGGCAGCAGUGGCACCAGUUGGAGCUGGGGCUGGGCGUCAGCCGGGAGCAGUAUCCUGGCGGAGUUUGGAACCCUGCACCUGGAGUUUGUCCACCUAUCAGAGCUCUCCAACAAUGGCAUCUACACAGAGAAGGUUAUGAAUAUCCGAAAGCUGUUGAACAAAAUCGAGAAGCCUCACGGUCUCUAUCCCAACUUCUUGAGUCCCGUCAGUGGCAACUGGGUCCAACAUCAUGUUUCCAUUGGCGGCCUGGGGGAUAGCUUCUACGAGUAUCUGAUCAAAUCAUAUCUGAUGUCAGACAAGACGGACGAGGAGGCUAAGAAGAUGUACUACAGUGCUCUGGAGGCUAUCGAGGCUAACCUGGUGCAGAAGUCCCCUGGUGGGCUGACCUACAUGGCGGAGUGGAGGGGGGGCAUUCUGGACCACAAGAUGGGCCACCUGGCCUGCUUCUCCGGGGGCAUGGUGGUGAUCGGCGCGGACGACGGAGCUCCAGAGAAGAGACAGCACUACCUGGACCUGGCUGCAGAGAUUACGCACACCUGCCAUGAGAGCUACAGUAGAUCUGCUACGAAAUUAGGGCCCGAGGCAUUCCGAUUCGACGGCGGGGCAGAAGCCACGGCGACCAGACUGAGUGACAGAUACUACAUCCUGCGGCCGGAGGUCAUCGAGAGCUACAUGUACAUGUGGAGGUUGACCCAUGACCCCAAGUAUCGGGAGUGGGGCUGGGAGGCAGUGGAGGCUCUGGAGCAACACUGCAGAGUCGAAGCUGGUUUCUCUGGGAUCCGAGACGUGUACGCCCAGACAGUCAGCCACGAUAACAUGCAACAAAGCUUUUUCCUCUCCGAGACACUCAAGUAUCUAUACCUGCUCUUCUCUGACGAUGACCUACUGCCUCUGGAGGACUGGGUGUUCAACACGGAGGCUCACCCCCUGCCCGUCGUCCGCAAGAGCUGCCUACAGGGGGAGGGAGGGACACACGACAAGACAACCUCGGAGUAGCAACCUACUGUACAACCACUGCACAACUCACCUGCAUACAGACACAGAGUAACACGUAUUCUUACAUCACAUGCAUACAACACACACACUUUAGACACACACACAGACCCACACAGGACAGCAUUACACACAGGUAACAACAACACAACAAAAUGCAGGGCCCACGUCCCUUGGGCCCUGUCACAGACUCAAUUCCUUUCCAGUAAAGGAUCUUGUCGUAUACGCUGUGAUUGUAUAUCCUUGAGCCGGGCCGGGACUACUUCCUGCCGGCGUUACUUUCUGUGGACAAUCAGGACGAACAUGAUUUUCAUGAAAAGAGCACCUUUUUUUCUUUCCUUCUUUCCUCUGUGAGGAAUCCAAGAGUAUCUUGCAGACCCAAAUGUAAUGGGAAGAGUGCUGUAUUAUGGGCCGUAUUGAGAGAGAGAGAGAGAGAGAGAGAGAGAGAGAGAGAGAGAGAGAGAGAGAGAGAGAGAGAGAGAGAGAGAGAGAGAGAGAGAGAGAGAGAGAGAGAGAGAGAGAGAGAGAGAGAGAGAGAGAGAGAGAGAGAGAGAGAGAGAGAGAGAGAGAGAGAGAGAGAGAGAGAGAGAGAGAGAGAGAGAGAGAGAGAGAGAGAACCACUGAGCUUUUGCUUUGAUUCCGUUUUUCACCGCAAUCAAUUAAUGAUUUCACCUGAUCUUGUCAUUGCUUUUUUCUGCUGGGUUUUUUUUCUCUGUCUCUUUGACCAAAGUUGUUUGUUCUUUUGUUCACCCCCUCACAAUUCCCUUAACACAUCCUUUUUUGUGGUGAGGUUUGACCAAUAGUAAGGUGACAGACGAAUAGGGAGGGAUGAAUGGUGUUGAAUAUUAAAUGUAUAGACAAUUGUGAAAUGUAAUACUCAAAACCCACCUUGAAAAGGAUUGUUUAUUCAGAGUUUCCUUGCAGAAACAGGUUAAAUGAAUAACAACAGACAGAAAAUUGAAAACGGAAGAGGUUGUUGGAGUGUCUUACAUGUCCAGGGACCAUUUUUAUAAAUUGUUUGUCUUUGUCAUUUGUUUCGAGUACAAUACUGGUGACAUAUUUUCAUCGGGGCAAGUCUGCGUUGAAUCCUCCUUUACCGCCUUUCAGAGCGUAGCUUCACAUUGUGUGAGUCCUGUGACUUUAACACAACUGUCAGUCCUUUUUACUGUAACACAGGUGUCGGUCCUGUGACUGUAACACUGUAACACAAGUAUAAGUCCUGUUACUGCAGCACUGUAGAACGAGUGUCAGUCCUGUGACUCCAACACAAGUGACAGCCCUGCUACUGUAACACAAGCACUCACAACCACCCCAGAGGCAAGAUCACCACAGCUAGUCUCAGUCGCUUAGUAUGACUGGGCUCAAAUAUGCUUGCCAAAGUUAUCAGCUCUCAUCGAGAGCUCCAGCUCUCUCAAAUCCGCAGUGGGGAAAGUUAGACUUGAGGCUAAGGGUUUCCUAAAAAUGUAUUUCGUAGAGGGGAAUGUGAAUGGCGCUUUCCUAUUUCAUCCUUAUUCGUAUCAUCACUGCUGUCCAAUGCAGAGAGAAUGUGCUGUACAUACCUGGAUGAAUGUAAGGGUCCCCUGUAUUAGCUUAUCUUCAGUUUCCUUUGUGAUUUAUUUGACUUAAUUACGUCAUUAUUUUCAUUGCUUUUUCAUUUGCUUCCCUCAGGUGUUUCUGUAAAAGAGGAAAAAACGCUUGACUUUAAUUAUAGUUCUGGUUGAUAUGAAUUAUUGUUAUUACUUAUCUUUCAUUGUUGAAUAUUUUCAAAUACUGAUAAAAGACCUGUGCAACUUUGUACAUUUAAAGGAACUUCA